ACCAGCUCUCCGGCUCCUUCCACCUCAGGGCCCUCUUAGGGUUGCCUCUUGCAUUCUUUCCAGGGCUUAGCAGACAGGAACAGGGAGGGUCGGGUUUAGGCCAUCUUACCCAGACCGCAAGUCUCUGAGUGUUUGAUUGUUUGUUUGAAGAAAGUGAUGAAUGCAGGACCUCGAGCCAGGAGGAUUUUUCCCGGUGAAAAGCGGAGGGAUUGACUCACGCUGGGUUCUGAGUUCCAGGCCCGACUCCAGGGCUCACCAGCUUCUUCCACAACCCAUACAACUUGAACGCUUGGUAGCAUCUCCAUGCAGCAGUGGGCACCCUGGAUCCUGGAGGAGCCCAGGCUGCAUUUGCCCCUCCAUGGUGCAUCUCGUAGGAUCAACUGGACCCAUGAAAGGCACUGGCUGCGGAAAAGCAGCCAACUGCUCCCCAGCGAAGGGGAUGGCCGGAAGCGAGGAGAGGGAGAAGCUCCAGCAGAGACCCCAGGAGGAAAAGACCCCACAAUGGGGCCACUGGGAACCCAUGAUGAUGGUUACCAAUGUGAUUGGGGGUUCAGAACGACGGACGUGUGGCCCUGGAGUGGGAAACAGAAAAGCUGAAGGGCGAGACCUAGGAGGUGGCCCCUCACCCUUGUGGACUCCGAAGACCCAACCUUCCUUCCCUGCGCUCCAGCCAGACAUUCUCCCUGCCCCUGUGGCCGAGCCUGGCACCACUCCAAACCGUCUCCUUGGAAAAGCUACUUCAGCCCCAGUGCCUGUCCCUGCCACACCCAACGUUCAUGUCUGGAAAAGAGUUGCUCUUUAUUCAGCACGCGGACCCUCAGCCUGCUAAGUGGACAGGAAACCAUCUGUCAUUUAGGGUUCCUGCUCCCAACUCCCCCCAACAGCUGUCACCACCACCGUGGUUGUGCAAAGGUCCCAGGCCUUUCAGAGUGGGCCCUGAUCACUGUCCAUCCUGGCCAGGUCUGCCGAAACAAACAUGGUCACAAUCUCAUGGUACUUUCUGCCUCGUGGCUUUGUGUCCACACUGGAGAGACUAGGACCCGAUCCUGGGCCUCCUCCCACGGGCGCCAUACGGCUAUUCCCCUCAGAGAUGCACCAGGCCAGCCCCACUGCCCUCAGGACCAACCUCCAACUUCUCCUCGGCUUGGGAUCUCCGGUUUCUCUCUUUGUCAAGGCACCCUGAUAUGGUUCAGCUCUGUUCCCACCCAAAUCUCAUCUCGAUUUGUAUCCCCACGUGUCAAGGGAGGGACCUGUAAUCCCCACGUGUCGAGGGAGGGAGGUGAUUUGAUUAUGGGGUGGUUGGUUUCCUCCAUGCUGUUCUCAGGACAGUGAGUGAGUGAGUUCUCAUGACAUCUGGCGGUUUUAUAAGUGUUUGGCAAGUUCCUUCGCUCACUCUUCUCUCUCCUGCCGCCUUGUGAAUGAGGUAUUUGCUUCCCCUUCGCCUUCCCCCAUGAUUGUAAGUUUCCUGAGGCCUUCCCAGCCAUGCAGAACUGUGAGUCAAUUCAACCUCUUUCCUGGCCGGGCGCAGUGGCUCAUGCCUGUAAUCCCAGCACUUUGGCCCAGGCAGGUGGAUCGCUUGAGGUCAGGAGUUCGAGACCAGCCUGGACAACGUAGCAAAACCCCAUCUCUACUAAAAAUACAAAAAAUUAGCUGAGCGUGGUGGUGGGUGCCUGUAAUUCCAGCUACUCAGGAGGCUGAGGCAGGAGAAUCAGUGGAACCCAGAAUACGGAGGUUGCGGUGAGCCAAGAUCAUGCCAUUGCAUUCUAGCCUGGGCAACAAGAGGGAAACUCCAUCUCAAAAAAAUAAAUAAAUAAAA